AUGUUCAUGCUAUCGUCGAACAUGUGUUUCUUCACCAAAUAUCAGUCUUGUACACAUAAUGAAGAAAGAAAAGAAAAGCUAAAUCAGAACAUGAGUUAUGAGAACGAUUUUUUAUGCUCGUCUGUUGAUGUCUGGGGAUCACUUUUCACAUACUCGCAUGCUGAAGUCAACCCAAUAACACAAAAAAAGUUCAGCACAUAUGGUAGAGUAACGCCACACAGUGCAAAGCCACAUUGCCAUCAAUCAUGUUUCUCUCCUUCUCUUAUGUACGUGUCAAGACGCUGCAGUGCACGCGAUAAACAUUACAAAAUAUGCUUUGCACCAAAGAACUAA